AAAAAAAAUAAAAAAAAUAAAAAUUGCGAUGCUCUACACCCUCCUCUCUAUCUCUAUUCGGCUGUUUCUAUCGAAAUCUGAAGCCGAAACAGAGGGAGUAAUCAAGGCCGGAAUAUGCGUUAAUGGCGAGAGCCCAGUCUGGCACGACGAGAGUGAAUCAAAACCACAUCCCCAAUGAAUGGCAAGAGUUUCCAUGCGAGAACUUAUUCGAUUCAGAAACUUCAUUCUCGCACAACCUACUUCCAAAACCAACCUCUCCUCGUCCCCAUUUUGCUCUUCUUGUGCUCCCGCAGAAAGAACUGCAACCUCGCUUUGUCAGCGAAGAUUUGUUCUUGAAACAUGUCAGAAUUUGAGGCAGUUGUUCCAAAUCCAAGCCCAUUUGACCACUUCUGGUCUCUUCCACAACCCCUUUUGGGCAGGAAGAGUUCUGCUGUACUCUUCGGAUUUCGGCGAUAUAGAUUACACUGUUUUGAUAUUCCGAUACAUAGAUUGGCCAGAUACAUUAUGUAUUAAUACUGUCAUCAAGGCCUACUCUAAUAGUCGUGUUUCGUUCCAGGCUGUCGUGUUCUAUUUUGAAUGGUUGAGAAAUGGGUUUUUGCCUAAUAGCUAUACUUUUGUACCGCUUGUUGGGUCUUGUGCGAAGAUGGGUUGUGUUAAAUCCGGGCAGAAAUGUCACGGGCAGGCUGUUAAGAAUGGAGCUGAUUGUGUGUUGCCAGUGCAGAACUCUUUGAUCCAUAUGUACGGGUGUUGUGGGGACGUUGACCUUGCUAGUAAGGUGUUUUUCGAAAUGUCGAAGCGGGAUUUGGUUUCGUGGAAUUCAAUCAUUGAUGGCUAUGCCAGACUUGGUCAUUUGGGUCUUGCUCGUAAGUCGUUUGACGUAAUGCCUGAAAGAAAUGUUGUUUCUUGGAAUAUUAUGAUUAAUGGGUAUUUGAAAGGUGGGAAUCCUGGGUGUGGGUUGAAGUUAUUCAGGGAAAUGGUUAAAUUGGGAUUGAGAGGUACUGAUACGACUGUGGUUAGCAUGCUCACCGCAUGUGGUCGGUCAGCAAGACUGAAGGAAGGAAGGUCAGUUCAUGGUUCUCUUUUUAGGAUGUUCUUGAGAUCGAAUAUAGUUAUUGAUACUUCUCUGAUAGAUAUGUAUAGCAGGUGCAAGAGGGUGGACAUAGCACGCAGAGUAUUUGAAAGAAUGGCAAAUAGGAAUUUAGUUUGCUGGAAUGCAAUGAUCUUGGGGCAUUGCCUUCAUGGGAAUCCAAAAGAUGGGCUUACCCUAUUUGGUGAAAUGUUGGGUAGAAAAAAGUCAAAACAUGGAGAAACCAACCUUGUUAAGAGUUUGAGGCCAGAUGAGGGGCAAGAAGGAAUCAUCCCAGAUGAAAUAACCUUCGUUGGUGUUCUAUGUGCCUGUGCCCGUUCUGGAUUUUUAACGGAGGGCAGAAAUUACUUCACCCAAAUGAUAAAUGUAUUUUGUAUAAAGCCCAAUUUUGCUCAUUAUUGGUGCAUGGCUAAUCUCUAUGCCAGUGUGGGGCUCAUCCAACAGGCAGAGGAAAUCUUAAGGAAUAUGGCAGAAGAUGAUUAUGAUGAUAAGACAUCAGAAUCCCUGUUUUGGGCUAAUUUGCUCGGUUCAUGUCGUUUCCUGGGAGACGUGUCUUUAGGAGAACAAAUUGCCAGAUCUCUAAUUGACAUGGAACCUCAAAAGCCCUCAUACUAUCAACUAUUGUUGAAUGUCUAUGCUGUGGGAGGUCGAUGGGAGGAUGUUGCUAGGGUAAAAGAGAUGAUGAAGGAUCGAAAGGUGGGGAGAAUGCCAGGAUGUAAUCUUAUAGAUUUGAAAGAAAUAGUUCACAAGUUAAAAGUGGGAGAUAAUUUGCGAGAAGGUAUGGAGGAGGUCAGCAUGAUGAUGGGUGAAAUCGCGCAAAAGUUAAGGUUUUCAAGUAAACGGCCAUCUCUAAACAACCCAGAACCUGGGAUUUAGCAUCAAAAAAAAGACUACAGAAAAUGGUUUGUUCACACUUCAUAUGAGAGUUGGUUUCAAGUAGAAGGGAUCAGGGCACCAGCAUAGUCCUUUCCAAAAUGUUAAGGAUAAUGCUUGCCUGAUGAGAGUAGUUUGGUGACAAUGAAUUGAGUGUAGAUUUUUAUGACUUCAGCCAAGAAUGCACGUAUUCUUGUAAAGAAGUUUGAUACCAAAUAACACCUGACUUUACUCUGGUCAGUAUUUCAGUACUUGUCAAAGAGGUCUCCAACAGCAACUGCUACCUACAGAUUAUGACAGUUUCUUUGACACCAAUCUCUCUGCAGGUCAUGAUCGUCCAGUUUUGCCAUACACUAAUCUUUUUGACACUAAUUUGUUGAUUCCUUUUCCAUGUGAAUCUGCAAGGAAUGUUAUUGAUUGUUUCAAGCAUCACAACCAAUUGCCUUUUGUUCUAACCGUGUCAAAAUAAGUUGCAAUGCCAUUCCAACUUCAGUGUUGAA